ACUGCCUUCGUUUUUCAGGCUGAAUAAUGUCCCAUUGUCCGGAUAGAGCACAUUUUGUGUACCCGUUCAUACACUGAUGGACACUGGGGCUGCUUCCACCUUUGGCCGUUGUGAACAUGCCGCUGUGGCCACCGAUGCCCUCGUCUGUUCAGGCCCUGCUGUCAAUUCUUUGGGGAUGUGCCUAGAAGUGGAAUUGCUGGACCGUAUGGGAAUUCUCUCUUUAAUUUUUUGAGGAACUGUUAUUCUGUUUCCCAGCGACUGCACCAUUUUAUAUUCCCACCAACAUUGCACAAGGGUCCUGAUUUCUCCACGUCCUCGCCAACAUUUGCAAUUUUCUGCUUUGGGUCUUGUUUUUUGUUUUGUUCUUGGCAAUAGCCAUCCUCGUGGAUGGAAAGUAGUAUCUCGUUAUAAUCAGGAUUUUUUUUUUUUUUAACCAGAAGGGUGGAGGGUGACAAAGCUUUGGGCCAAAGCUCGUGCUAGGAUUACAGAUCAAAAGAUGGGAUCUUAAGAAAAAAGCGAGGAGGCCAGAGAAGAAAGAUGUUAGGAUGGGCUUCCGGAGGCAGGAUUUGGGCAGGGUUUCGAGGUCAGAGAUGGAUGAAAGUCGUUUGUAGUAAUUCAGAGAUCUCCUCUCAGCUCAGUUCUCCUUAAGGGGACCAGGCAGUGGGGUCUCCAGGGAGCUGAGAAAGACCCCCAACCCCCACGCCCACCCCCAGGGCCUCACGUGAACCAUUAUUCAUUAGAGGUGUCAUUUAUGAAGGGCCUCCCAUGUGCCAGGCCCUGGGCGUGUCCUCACAAAUCCUCACAUUGGGCGUGCGAGGCGGGUAUCAAGAACCCCUUGUGAUGGAUGUGGGAACUGAGGCUCCAGGAAGUGAAACAAUUUGCUCAAGGCCACAAGGCCCCCUGAUGGCUCAAAGAUUCCCUGGGAGCCAGAGAGGCCCUGUCUCCAGCCUCCAGGAGCUUUCAGGGAGCAUUUACCUCACGAGGUGAUGCUGAGUCAGGAAGACUGUGGGAACACAGGCCUGGCAGUCAGGGAGGGCUUCCUGGAGGAAAAGGCACCUAGGUGCAGCCUGAAGGGUGAGGGCUGGCUGGGUGGAGUGGGGCUCUGUGAGGGGAGCAGGGUCCCAGGCUUCCAUCCUCUCUCCCCAGCCUUCCUCUCUGCAGGCCUUGGGGUACUUGCAGCCUCAGAGACCUACCCCCUGCCCAUGACCAGCUCUAGCUGGGAGCACCGGCUGGACUCCCCGUUCCCAUCGGGCCCUUCCACCGGCUCCACAGAGGCCCCAGCUGUGGCUGAGCCCACUGGGCAGGGCCCCAAGAACCCUUGUGUGUCCAGUGUGACGGUCCAGCUGGAGAUGAAGGCUCUGUGGGAGGAAUUCAACCAGUUGGGCACAGAGAUGAUAGUCACCAAGGCCGGCAGGAGAAUGUUUCCCACCUUCCAGGUGAAGAUCCUGGGCAUGGACACGCUGGCUGACUACGCCCUGCUCAUGGACUUCGUGCCUCUGGAUGACAAGAGAUACAGGUACGCCUUCCACAGCUCGGCCUGGCUGGUGGCAGGCAAAGCGGACCCGGCCACACCCGGCCGCGUGCACUUCCACCCCGACUCGCCGGCCAAGGGCGCGCAGUGGAUGCGCCAGAUCGUGUCCUUUGACAAGCUCAAGCUGACCAACAACCUGCUGGACAACAACGGCCACAUCAUUCUCAACUCCAUGCACCGCUACCAGCCCCGCUUCCACGUGGUCUUCGUGGACCCACGCAAGGACAGCGAGCGCCAUGCCCAGGAGAACUUCAAGUCCUUCAUCUUCGAGGAGACCCAGUUCAUGGCCGUGACGGCGUAUCAGAACCACCGGAUCACCCAGCUGAAAAUCGCCAGCAACCCUUUUGCCAAGGGCUUUAGGGAGAGUGACCCGGACUCCUGGACUCUAUCUCCACGGCCCCUGCUCGGCGUCCCAGCCCGGAGCUGCAGCAGCCUCAGCUCCUGCCCCACAGAGCAGGGAAAAGAUCCCAACAAAGCUCCAGCCUCCACCUCCAGGACCCCUGCCCGGCUCCACCAUCAGCUGCUGGCGCCCCCUGAGGCUCUGCUGACCCCGGCCACCUACCGGCCCCUUACCUAUCAGGGCCUGUACCCCGGAGCCUCAAGCUCCCUCAGGAACCCAAGAGCCAGACCAACACCGUACCCUCUUCCCAAUCUCCAGGCUAACAGGGAUCAGGGGGGGCUGGCCCUCCCAGCUGGGCUGAGGCUUCUGUCCCCCACCACCAUGUGCCUGGGGCCUGGCCAGGACCCGUAGUGAUGGUGGGAGCCCUGUGGACAGAGUCCUCUUAUC